CAUCAUAACCAUAACUACCAAAAGGCUUUGAAAUCCUUUAGAUCUUGAAGCUCUAUCAUCAUCUGCUAGAUCAAACCAUGGCCUCUUUCAAAUUUUCAUUGGCAAUUUUACCACUUUUGCUCUUAACUUUUUCUUCAAUUACAUGCCAUAUAAUGAUUGCAGAGGCACGCAGUCUCAUUGACUCUAUGCCGCAGCCAGAAGUGUCAAAAAUUCCCAAGCCAGAGUUGCCACCAUUUCCUAAGAUUCCGGAUAUACCAAAGCCUGAGCUCCCCAAGCCUGAACCUCUACCAAAACCAGAAUUGCCUUCACUGCCUAAGGUUGAGUUACCACCACCAAUGUCCAAGCCUGAGAUACCCAAAGUUCCUGAAAUUCCUAAGUCAGUGUUGCCUAAAGUUCCCAAGAUUUCCAAGCCUGAAAUUCCUAAACCAGAAUUGUCAAAAGUAUCUAAUAUUCCAGAGCCAGCAUUGUCUAAAAUUCCUAAGCCAGAACUACCUCAGACUUCUGAAACUCCAAAGCCAGAAUUGCCUAAUAAAGUCCCUGAAAUUUCAAAAUCAGAAUUUCCUAAAUUUCCUGAAAUUCCGAAAUCGGAAUUGCCUAAAGUCCCUGAAAUUCCAAAACCAGAGUUGCCUAAAGUCCCUGAAAUUCCAAAACCAGAAUUACCAGAAGUUCCUGAAAUUCCGAAACCAGAAUUGCCUAAAGUCCCUGAAAUUCUAAAACCAGAGUUGCCUAAAGUCCCUGAAAUUCCAAAACCAGAAUUACCAGAAGUUCCUGAAAUUCCUAAACCAGAAUUGCCUAAGGUCCCUGAAAUUCCUAAACCAGAACUACCAAAAGUUCCUGAAAUUCCUAAGCCAGAAUUGCCUAAAAUUCCUGAAAUUCCAAAAUCAGAAUCACCUAAAUUUCCUUAAUUUUCAAGUCAGAAUUGCCAAAAUUCUCAAAGUUCCAAAACCAGAGUUUGCCAUUUAUGCUAGAGCAAAUGGAACUCAAAGUCCCUGGAAUUUUAAUCCAUAGAUUUAUACUAUAGUCACUUCUAUCAUAUUAUAUGUCAUGAAGUACCACUAUAUAGUUCCUAUCAUAUUACCAUUUGAUGUGUGCUUCACUUCAUAGUGCCUAGGUUAUACCAUGGUGUGUUUAUUUCUUUUGAUUGUGUAUUUUUUUUUACAGUAUUUGUUGCCAAUUGAGAUAUAGUGGAUCCAAUAAAACUUGUUUGUAAUUUUUACUUUGUCUGUAUGAUUAAUACAUAUUGUUAUUCGUUCA